AUGUGGUUAUUUAAACACAAGUACAGGGAAGAUGGUGAAUUAUUGGAGCAACACAAGGCGAGACUUGUUGUGAAUGGCAAGUCUCAACAGGUUGGCAUUGACUGUGAUGAGACUUUUAGUCCGGUGGUGAAACUGGCAACUAUUCGUACAGUGUUGAGUAUUGCUAUGGGGAGAGAUUGGCCUAUUCAUCAAUUAGAUGUCAAAAACGCGUUUCUUCAUGGUGUCCUUAAAGAAACCGUAUAUAUGCAUCAACCUCCGGGAUUUGUGAAUCCUAAUUUUCCUUCUUAUGUGUGCCGGCUCCGCAAAUCUUUGUAUGGUCUCAAACAGGCUCCUAGGGCAUGGUACCAAAGCUUUGCCAAUUACCUUCUGCAGAUUGGUUUUUCUGACAUUAUUUCUCUUCUCAAGUCAAAGUUUUCCAUGGCAGAUCUAGGUCAGUUGAGUUUUUAUUUAGGUAUUUCGGUGAACCGUACCAGGGACAAUAUGUUUUUGAGUCAAAGCAAGUAUGCAGAGAAGAUAGUUCACAGAGCUAAGAUGGAUAAUUGCAAACCCGUUGUGGCAUCUGUUGAAACCAAGUCGAAACUUGGUGCUCUCGACGGACAUCUGGUUAGUGACCCCUCUCUUUACAGGAAUCUUGCAGGUGCUCUUCAAUACGUCACUUUUACUAGACCAGCCAUUGCUUAUGCGGUUCAGCAAAUAUGCUUAUUUAUGCAUGACCAGAGGGAACCGCAUUUCAAUGCUCUCAAGCGUAUUAUUAGAUAUAUCAGAGGCACUAUGGAUCACGGCCUUCAUUUGUACCGUUCGGCUCCUACGAGACUUGUUUCUUACACAGAUGCCGAUUGGGGUGGUUGCCCCGAUACUCGGCGUUCUACCUCUGGGUAUUGUGUUUAUUUGGGUGAUAAUCUAGUCUCUUGGUAUGAAAAAUGA